GGUCCUUUAGCCAUAGAGCAUCGUCCCGCAGUGGAAGUGAAUGAGGCGGCAGUGAGUGAGUGCAGCAGAGCCGGUAACUUCUCUUCAGCCAUUCCCGGAACUGACAGAGCCGAGCCAUGGAGCUGGAGAACAAAGUGAAGAAGAUGACAUUAGGCCAUGAAGAAGGGUCUGGAGCUCCUUGCUUCAAAUGCAAAGAUAAAUGUGAGGGGUUUGAACUUCACUUUUGGAGGAAGGUCUGUAGAAAUUGCAAAUGCGGACAAGAAGAACAUGAUGUUCCUUCAAACAACGAAGAUGAUCAUAAAGUUGGCAAGCUAUUCGAAGACACAAAAUACACAGCGCUGAUUGCAAAGCUGAAAACAGAUGGCAUCCCUACUUACAAAAGGAAUGUAAUGAUCCUGACUAGUCCAGUCGCAGCAAAGAAAGACGUGUCCAUCAACACCGUGACCUAUGAAUGGGCACCACCAGUGCAGAACCAAACUCUAGCCAGGCGUUACAUGGAACUUAUUCCAAAAGAGAAGCAGCCUGUGGCUGGUUCAGAAGGAGCCCAAUACAGAAAAAAACAGUUGGCUAAGCAGCUGCCGGCUCAUGACCAGGAUCCUUCCAAGUGUCAUGAGCUGUCUCCCAAUGAAGUCAAGCAGAUGGAGCAGUUUGUGAAGAAAUACAAAAACGAAGUCCUCGGUGUAGGAGACGUCAUACUGCCCAAAGAAGUGGGGACACAGGCAGGUGAAACUGCUAAGUCUGACAAUGGAAAUCGAAGCACGCUUACUACUGUGAAGAAUGUGGAAGACAAGGCAGCAGCACCAUCGGGAUCUGCUUAUUACUGUUUCCGAUGCAAGGAGAACAUGAAGGAGGGUGACCCUGCAGUCUAUGCGGAACGGGCCGGCUACGACAAACUGUGGCAUCCUUCUUGCUUUGUCUGUUACACCUGCAAUGAACUUCUUGUUGACAUGAUCUACUUCUGGAAAAAGGGAAAACUUUACUGUGGCAGACAUUACUGUGACAGUGAGAAGCCGCGGUGCGGAGGUUGUGAUGAGUUGAUUUUCAGCAAUGAAUAUACCCAAGCCGAAGGUCAAAACUGGCAUCUGAAGCACUUCUGUUGUUUUGACUGUGACUGUGUUCUGGCUGGGGAAAUUUACGUGAUGGUGAAUGACAAGCCAGUGUGCAAGCCUUGCUAUGUGAAAAAUCAUGCUGUGACAUGCCAAGGUUGUCGCAAUGCCAUAGACCCAGAAGUUCAGCGUGUGAGCUACAGUGGAUUCCAUUGGCAUGCCUCUUCAGAAUGCUUCUUGUGCUCGUGUUGCAGCAAGUGUCUUAUUGGCCAGAAGUUCAUGCCGAUAGAGGGAAUGGUCUUCUGCUCUGUAGAGUGCAAGAAGAAAAUGGCUUCCUAGAGAAGACGGUGAUGCAGUAUUUUAUAUUUCAAAAUCGGGUGGAACUUUUUGCAGAUGGAUCGCCCAGCAGUGGUGGCAUGAAUCCACCUGAGGUCUCUAAUGUCUUUUUCAUGUCUUUUUCAUGUUUUAUGCAAGUUUAUCGAAACUGAAAAAUGCUGCUUUGCUUGAGAUAAAAAUCAACACAACUUUAACUGCCUACAUACCAUUUCCUCCUAUCAUAUCAAGCGCAUCUUUUUAGCCAAUAACCUUGCAUAUGAUUGCAGCACUUUAUUAUGAAUGUAUCGUUGAGAUGAGGAAACUGCAUUCCAGGGAUAGUUUACAACAUUAAAUGAUUUGCUUUUAUAGCUAUUGUUUCAGCUAUGAUUUUAUAGAGCUAUGUAGCCAACAAGGUCUCUCUGCAUUAUUGUAACUAAACAUCUGUAUUGAUUUAUAGAGCAGAGAGAAGCAGAAUAUGUCCCUUAAAAUAAAAAAAAGUCACCAGUA